AUGACCGACGACCUCCCCACAGACAGACUCAAGCCCAUCGACGUAACACCCGCCGAGGCGACAGUGUACAUCCCCACGCCACUCCACCCCAAGUCGGAGGCGCUAGCGAACAAGACGUUUGGGCGAGUCCUCCGCCCAGGUGUGGACGGGUGGACGCGUGAGGCGUGCAUCGAGGCUGCGGAUGUUGCGUUGAUCCGCGUCGGACCCAUGAAUGGAGACGACAUCCGCUCCGCGCGCCGCCUCAAGAUCAUCGCUCGUAACGGGACGGGAUAUGAUGCAAUCGACACAGCAGCGUGCCGCGACACAGGAGUGGUGGUGACCAACAUGCCUGGCGGGAAUGCGGACUCCGUCGCUGAGCUCACCCUCGCGCUGGCGCUGGCGGUCCUGCGCCGAGUGACGGAUAUCUGGCCGCGUAUCCGGGCGGGCGAGCGCAUCCCCUCCAUCCAAGCGCUCUCUCCAGGCUUGAGCGGGAAGACUGUCGGUAUUGUGGGCAUGGGCAACAUUGCCUACCUCUCUGCCAAGCUAUUUCUGGCCUUCAACUGCCGUAUCUUAGCCUACUCUCCCUCGAGCCCAGCGGAGAGAUGGACGGCCGGUGACCCUACUUUCGAGGCAAUCCCGUUCACCCGCAUCGCCUCGCUCGACGAUCUCCUCAGCCAGUCCGACGUGGUGUCGCUCCACUGUCCCCUCACUCCCAAGACGAAGAACAUGAUCGGCGCACCCCAGCUCGCCCGCAUGAAAGAUGGCGCGGUGCUCAUCAACACCUCGCGCGGGGGCAUGGUCGAUGAGGAGGCGCUGGCUGACGCUCUCGAGCGCGAGGGAGGAGUGUGGGGCGCCGGAUUAGAUGUCAUGGCUACCGAGCCUGCAUACGGCGAGAACCUUGGGCGGUUGCGCGAUGCGCCGAAUGUCGUGAUUCUUCCGCAUUUGGGCGGGUCGACGGACCAGACGACGCAGCGCGGAUGUGAUGCGGCGAUUGGAAUUGUGGUGGAUUACCUCGGGGGCAAGGGAGCGCGGAACCGCGUCGUGUAG